GAUAUAGGCCAGAUUUUCCCUGAUUCUGAUCCUAAGUGGAAAGGAGCUGCUUCCUCUGUCUUCAUCAAAGAAGCUGUGAGACUUAUGGACGAGGCAGGGUACGAGAUAGGAAACCUAGACGCCACACUGAUUCUACAGAGACCAAAGAUAAGUCCACACAAGGAGACUAUCCGAUCCAAUCUGUCCAAGCUUCUUGGUGCAGACCCUUCUGUGGUGAACUUGAAAGCUAAAACACAUGAGAAAGUUGAUAGCCUCGGAGAAAACAGAAGCAUUGCAGCUCAUACUGUUAUUCUCCUCAUGAAGAAGUGAGUCGGUUUUUAUUAUCUUCUUUAUGUAUCAGUCUCAUAAAAAAAAUGCUUUAUAUGUAAAUGUUAAACUCGGUGUAAUCACCCUUUUGACUUUAGAUAAACCAUCCAUAUAUGAUCAAAUCUAUAAUACUCUUACUCCUCAAUGAAACGUUAAAGUUAAAAGAUUA